AGAGCCUUUAACUCUAUGGCUUCCAAAUCUUUCUUCUGAACAUCCCAUUUUUCCUUUUCAAUGGGGAAGAAAGGAGGAGGUAGCUCAUGGCUCACCGCCGUCAAAAGGGCUUUCAGAUCUCCCACUAAAGACGAUGAACAAAAGAGGCGGGAGAAACGCCGCUGGCUUUUCAGAAAACCAACAUCUCAGCCGCCGGAGCCACUCCCUCCACUCCAACCGCCUCUCCCCACUGACCACAAACAUGCCAGACCGGCUGCACAACCUCUUCACCUCACCAGCCCUUCCCCUGCUUCUCCAUUGGACCGCCGUUCUUACUCUGCCAUUCUCAUUCAAACCGCCUUUAGAGGAUAUCUGGCGAGGAGGGCUCUACGGGCACUGAAGGGGCUGGUGAAGUUGCAGGCUUUGGUGAGAGGCCAUAAUGUAAGGAAACAAGCGAAGACAACCCUGCAGUGCAUCAAAGCAUUGGUUAGAGUACAAGAGAAAGUGUUGGAUCACCGUAUGCGGCUCUCCCUUGAAGGCAGCCGACGGUCCACCUUUAGCGAGACCAACAGCAUCUAUGAAUCUCGCUAUGUUCAAGACAAAUGUGUAUCAAGAGAAGGUAGCAGCGUUACAGAUGACUGGGAUGAACGUGCUCACACUGUUGAACAAGUUAAGGCAAUGUUACAACACAGACGAGACUCUGCUUUGAAUCGUGACAAUAUUUUAUCUCAAUCCUUUUCUCAACAGAUAUGGAGGACUGGAAGGAGCCCAUCAAUAGGAAACCAAAUGGAGCUUGAAGAAGGAUCUAAAUGGCUGGAUCAUUGGAUGGCUAAGAAGCCAUGGGAGAGCAGGGCAAGAGCUUCCACUGAUAACAGACCACAGCCACUUAAAACGCUUGAAAUUGACACCUCUCGACCAUACACUUACUUGUCUCCCAACAAUUUCCACACUUCCAAUUACCAAAUUCAAUCACAAAGAUCAAACAUGCUUCCAUCUUCCUCCCCACUCCAUAGAGCCCAUCACAGCCAAAUCCCCAUCACCCCAUCCCCGUCAAAAUCCCGACCGGUCCAGCAAGUUCGGUCGGCGAGUCCUCGCUACAACAGAGAAGACAGAAACCAAAUUAGCCACCACAUUACACCUCAAACGCCAAGCUUCAGGUCUAAACAUCAACAUCACAAAGGGGGUGGUUAUGGUGAAACUUCACUACCUAAUUACAUGGCUGCAACAGAGUCGGCCAAGGCUCGAGUCCGGUCGCAGAGUGCGCCGAGGCAAAGGCCUGCAACUCCGGAAAGGGAACGAGUUGGGACUGCAAGGAAACGGCUAUCGUUUCCAGUACCGCCAGAUCCAUACAGUAGAAUGGUGGGGUGUGGUGGUGUUCAUGGGAAUGAGAUGAAGAGUCCAAGUUUUAAGAGUGCUUAUGGAAGGUAUGGUGGGCUGGAGGAUCAGUCUAACUAUUCAUCUUGCUAUACAGAGAGCUAUGGAGGAGAGGUUUCUCCAUCUUCAACCACUGAUCUCAGGAGGUGGCUGAGAUGAUAAACAAAUCCACACAGUUGGGGAAUGUAAUAAUUUUCUUCUCUUAAUUUUCAUUCUAAGAAUCUAACAUUCCUCUUAAAUUGUAUUAUUUUUGUUUCUUUCAUAUGCUUAUCGGAGUGUUUGGUGUUUGGUGCAUCUCAAACAAA